CAGAGAUUCGAUUCGUUGCUGAGUCGGAUACCGCUGUUAGCGUUAGCUAGCCGCUAGCUGCAUUGUUUUAUUAUGUUGGUUCUGUAACAGUGUGUUGAUCCAGGCUGUGGUUUAAAGUGCAGCAUUAGAGCAGCUUAUUUAUAGAAAUUCUCCAACAGAGAGAAGCAUGAAGGUCCGUUAUGAGCGAUAACAGUUAACUCGGUGAGUCGGUAACUCGAGAUUGUGCUCCUCACAUGGAGUGAAGCCGUUUAUUUGUAGGUAAUUCAGUGCAUCAGCAGCAGCAAUGAAGGUUCAUAAAAAAACUCGUACCAAAAAUGAGCAGCAAAGCGCCAGUAAACACCUUCCGAGGAACAAAUGGCGUGUUCACAACAAAAAGAUGCGUAAUUACGACCCCUCUCACCUCAGCCAAAGCCCUGCAACAGCCAAGCUGGAGCAUCUGCUGGGCAACAAGCAGAAGUUUAAGCUGAAACGGUUACAGAAAGCGUUUCCCAAGACUGUCUCUAUGACCGCUGAGGAACAGGUCAGAAAAAAGGAAAAGGUCUCCGCUCCUGCGACCGUCCCUCACGGACACACUAACGGUGGGAUGGAGGUGGAGAACUGCAGCGAAUCAGAGGACUCUCAGGAGUGGAGAUCAUACGCCAAGAGUGUUCUUCAGAACGGUACGGAGAAAGGAGGAAGAGGAGGUCGGAAGAAUUCAACAUCAGCAGCUCCAGAGCCAGUGGAGAAUGAGGAGGUACCCAAGUACCACGCCCAACACGACCACGUCCAGAACCACACAGUCUUAGCCCUACAGCAAGGCCAGUCGCUGUGUUUUCGAGGGAGGUGUUUGCUCACGUGUCUCAGUGGUCGAGUGGAGGUUCUGGGCUUCACUAUAGAGCAAGGCCAGCAGCCCUACCCGCUGUUCUCGCCCCCGUCUCACUGCCCUCUCACCAUCACGGCCUUAGAGGACUGCUCAGUGUCCACCAAGAACAAGAAAGAGGGCCGCCUGGAGGCCAAGGCCAUCAUUCGCAAGUACCUGUCCUCAGAACCACGGAAGAGGCUCCUGGGUGCUGUGGACUGCGGCUCGUGUGUAGUUCUGCUGCAGCCGCUGGACACGCCCCUCACACGAUUCCUCACCAGCUUCAGUGAACUCGACCAGCUCUUUGAUAUCAACUCGAAAGAGUUGCGCUCUCAGGCCGCGGUUCAAGACCCUGCUCUCUCGGCCGUUGGCGUCACGCCUCUGCACGGCCCCUGCAGCCGAGGCCUGGUCGCAUCACCCAGCUACAGAGAGGCUCUCAGCAGCCUGAUCAGUGCCUGGGAAGGAGACUUUGACCGAUGUCCCAUUAUUCUUGUUUGUGGCGCCAAAAACUCUGGAAAAUCAACCUUCAACCGACAUCUCAUCAACAGCUUGCUCAACCACACUGCGAGUGUGGAGUAUUUGGAGUGUGAUCUUGGCCAGACUGAGUUCACUCCUCCCGGAUGUCUGUCUUUAAGCACAGUGACGGAGCCACUGCUCGGCCCUCCCUUCACACACCAGCGAGAGCCGGAUCACAUGGUGUUCUACGGACAGACUGAUUGCCAAGUCGACCUGGACCGAUACCUGGACUCCCUUAAAACCCUGUGGAGGCACUACGGUGGAGAAAACCCCAUCGUCAUCAACACCAUGGGCUGGGUGAAAGGUCUUGGCUUCCAGGUGUUGGUGGACCUCAUCCGCUUCUUCUCCGUCACUCAUAUCGUGCAGUUGAGCUAUGGGGACACACUGCAGUGCCACAGUCUCACCCCCGAGUUCCUCCGAUCCGCCCAGGGCUGGCAGACGCAUCCCCCGGCCCAACCAACACUUGCAAUGGAGCCAGCCAAUCACCUCACUUCCAGGAGUCACGUGCUUCUCAGCAUCCAUUCAGAAUUCGAAGAAGCCGGUACUGCUGGUAACAUGCGUCACCAGCGUAGCAACGAGCUUCGAGACCUGGCACUGCUGGGGUAUUUCAGUCAGCUGCAGUCUCCAGAACCAGGUCCCAUUCGCCCUCUUCACUGCUUCACCCCUUAUCAGGUUCCUCACUCUGCUGUAGCUCUAGGAGUCACGCACUGUGAGGUCGCGCCAAACCACAUCUUAUACGCAGCCAACGCCAGUCUAGUGGCUCUCUGCUGCCUGGGAGAAAAGGUUUCAGGAAGAGCAGGACCUGUGCUGCUCUCUCAAAUACCCAUCUGCCAGUGUGUAGGAUUUGGUGUGAUCAGAGGGAUCGACAUGGCCAGAGGGCUUUACUUCCUGGUUACCCCGGUAUCCCCAGCAGCCCUGAGACAGGUGAACUGCCUGCUGCUCGGCGAGGUCACGCUGCCGAAAAUGCUCCUUACUGUGCAGCCUGGAGUUGAAACGGAGCUUCCAUACGUCACAACAGACUACAGCUUCGACAUCCCCGGCGCAGGAAAGCUCCACGUUUUUAAAGGACUAAAGAGACCCGGUUAUGAAAAUGCUAAAAUGAAGAACUAAGCUCUGUGUUCGGACUGCGCUUUCAGUUCGGUCAUGUUUGUACCCCUGUAUUUGUUUUAUAUCUUAAAUAAAAAGGCAACGGCUGCCGUUGAAUGUACAGAACAA